AUGGCCCGAAAGCAGAAAGCUCAGCCGCCGCCAGUUAUACAGACACAGACGGAUGGCCUCCCUGAGCCCACAACCUCAACAGUCAUCCUUCCUGAUGUCCCCAGACUUUAUUCGGAUUGUGACUUCCUCACAUGGGCAUCUGCCAUCCAGAAUUGCCUGAUCGUCGAAAAUUUGGAUAGCUUGAUUGAUCCAUUAAAGCCGAGGCCGGCUGCAUCAACUCACUCAUUACCGUUGAAAUGGAGAUUCUGGUCUCUGACUGUUCGGGAUUGGCUGUUUAACCAACUCGAUGACCAAAUGGCAGGGUCGAUAAAAAGUCUACCUACCGAGCCAGUGUACGCCGAUGACCUCUGGAGGGAGAUUGAAAAGCUCCAUGACAAAGGCUCGGAAGAGAAUGCCAACGAGGCCGCAUGCAAGCUUUUCAACAUGCGACGCUCAUACUUCGCCGGGGCUGAAGAAUACAUAAUCCUUUGGCGAUUGAUCAAUGCCAUAUGUACCAGUCUCAAAAUAGGUAUCACGCCGUAUAUGUCUACUGUGAUCAUGUUUGACCAGGUCAAACCUGAUCUACCAGAACCUGUUGCAUUACUACGUGGGCGAAUUGCAAUGCGUGGAGGGAACGCAGUCAACAUGGAACAGUCUGAGUUCUUUGAAAUCUGUGACAGGCUUCUCGGAGAUGAUUUUGAACCGCUUCCAUCACUUACCAGUGCCAUGAUUGAAGCUGAAAGCAAAGUCAAGAAAGUAUCAUAA